CACAGCUGUGUGUCACACUACAAAUAUCACUUCCCUGUGAGAAAGUUCAUGCUUACACCUGUUCAUCUCAAAUCUAUGGUUGAUCAUUUCCAGAAAGCAAUCCAAGUUCCUGACUUAUCUCUGUCUGUUUCUGCACAGUGAGAGCCAUGCUGUACAUAGAGCUGAUCAGGCUGUGGGAUGAAGCAGUGAAGGCGAUAGACAGCCAUCACUGGCACGAUGCUCUCUCCAAGCUCAACCAGAUCACUGAUCACAACUGUCGAACUCUGUUUGUGGUUGCUUCGGCACACAUUGCUCUGGGUCAGUUGGACCUGGCAAUCAAGGCAUUAGACCGGGUAAUUGCAAAGGAUCCGUGUUUUGCUGUUGGAUUUUUUCAGAGGGCUGCAGUUCAUAUGAUUGCAAACAGACUAGAGGAGGCAUUGUCUGAUUGCAUAUGGGCUCAGAAAUACAUGAGGGAAAACCCUGUCAUUGACUACAAACAGCUGGGUCUACGAUAUAAAAUGUACAGUUGGCAGAGGAGAGAGGUUAUGGCACCUCUUCUAGUUCCAGAGGGUAAAGUGUUUCGUCCCAGGAAGCAGGAGGUAGAGCAGCUGAAGCCAAGGGACUUUCUGGGUGAAGCCAAGGUCAUCACUUCUUUGAUUCCAAAUGAUGACUUCAGAGGGUUUGAUCCUCUCAGACCACAGAAACCAGGGUACUAUGAGCCAAAGAUAGAAGAAGGCCAGGACUCCCGUUACAUGAUAACGAAGAGUGCAUAUGUGGCAAAAGGGCCAGGGGAGCUAACAGUGCCUGUUGGAAAAGAAGUGUUUGUGUAUGGUGAUGAGGACAGAGAUGGACUGGCAAUAGUCAUAUAUGAUGGAAAGAGAGGUCUGGUUCCCAAGUACCUGCUUGAUGCAAGGGGCAAGAAAAAUAAGGGUAAAAACAAGCGAAUUGAACUGGCCAAUGGCAUCCCAAACCCACCAGACUUAAAACCCCCGAAUCGACCCCAAGGUCCAUUUCAACCUCCAACAAAGUUGCGCUCUUUCAAUGCCAAUGCUACCCACACAACUCCUCCAAUGAACAGCAACUCCACCCGCGUCCAUACCCAGCAGGCCCCAAUUUCACACCCGGAGCCUGGACCAGUCAUUGUCAAAGUGCACUACAAAUACACCAUUGCUCUGAAUGUCCCUUUAGAAACUCCACUUUGGGAACUGCAAGAGAAAAUCGCUCAGAAAUUAGGACAGCCGGCAACGAUCAUUCGCCUCAGACACAGGAAGCAUGGUACCACAGUACUGACACCAUUGGAUGGAGAUGAUGGACUAGAUAGCCUUGAGGACGUGGCUGAAACAGGACGUGCCACAAUUUGGUGUCAGACUGAGGACCCUCUAGCCAACAGGACCAUUCUCUAUCAGAUGGUGGCACUGUAUGACUAUUUUGCACAAGGCCCAGAGGAUCUGGAAUUCAGUGAAGGGGACACUAUUGAUAUUCUCAGUGAAGUGAAUGAGGAGUGGUUAGAAGGCCACACUGCUGGAAAUAUUGGCAUCUUCCCCCGAAGUUUUGCUCAUCGGGAUACAGACAGCAAUAGUACAGUUGGGCAUAAACAGUUGGGCUUAUAACUGUUUAAAUGAAUGACAGUAUUUAUCAGAAGGCAUUUCUGCUGAAGUGAAGUGAUUCCGGAGUGUGCCUGAAAGUGAAAAAUAACUUUUGAACAUUGGUUUAAGCAGAUUAAAUCAUAUUAAAUGAAGUCAUUAAAUAUCAGUUUGAUGGUAAGGAAGCUGAUAAGAUACUUUUGUUUCUCCCUUAUGUUUUCCUGAUCCAAAUCUCCCAUUAUUACCUUUUCCUUGGUUUACAGUAUCAAUAAUGUGUACUCUUCUCUUUUCUUAAAGAGAUUACAGCUACUCUCUUUAAGUGCUCUUAACUGGAAAGAAAUAGCAGUUGGGAAUUUAAGCUGUCUAAAGUGAAAAAUACUUUAUAAUGGUAUCGGAAUGACUGAAUUCUUUGUAAAUUAAAAGCCAACAGGAGUCUUUUGACUCUCUUUGCAGAGCUAGUUCAUUUAGUAUUAAUAGAAAAGGGACUUUUGGGUACUUUCAGAGAUCCCACAAAAAAAUUGGGAGUUUUAAAUAGUGUUUUGGCAUGCCAUGGGAUGCCAACUCUGGUUUACAUCAUUACCACCCACUUCCUCUUAACCUCCGACUGAAUUUUAUCUAUCAUACAUAAACUGAACAGCAGUGCUAAAGAGAAAAAUUAUUUAACAUACAUCACAGCCAUACAAUAUAUUCCGCUGGCAUAUUUUAUUUCAGACUUGGUCAGAUAUGGUCACAUAUAAAAUGGCAUUUAAAUCACCCUUCUCCUGUAUAGAAAGCUGAAUACACCUCAGUGAAGUAUCUGUAAUGCAGUGUUUAAUGGUGUGGUGUGCUCUGUCAGACUGGGCACUGGGGCAUGACACUGCAGCAUACAAACCUUCUGCUCUUUUAUAUUGCAGUAAUUAUAGGCUUGGCAUCCCCCUGUGUGAUGCACUUUUCCCUUAGUUCCCAUUAAACAUUUGGUCAAUAAUUAAAGCCAUACCUCAUCCUAACUCUACAUUUACAGAUCAAUUCUUCCCUCGUACCUUAUGUUCCUGUUUUUAUUUAAAGAGUGAAAAUAGUGUGUUUUGUUUAUUAGCUGUUGUAAUUGGUGUUGUAUAAGUGUCAGAGAGUUAUACUGCUUAACAUUUUUCAAAGUGAAAACAACAUUUGCGUUUUUAUAGGGGAAGUAAGUGAACUGUACUUGGGUCUCAGUAUACUGCAGAUAACAGUGGUACAAAAUAAUGGGCCUGACCACACACUGUUGUAAAUGUUACUUGUUUACUUGGUAUAUCAAUAACUCACUCAAAAGAUUAUAAUGGACUCUUUAUCCAGUAAGUGGAAAGCAGAAAACAGCCAAUUAAUGGUGUCAGAUGGUAUGUAGUUGGCUAUUUGAAUACUUUGUUUAAAGCCAAGAUCAGGAGUUACUCAAAUGAAUUAUUGAAAACCCAUUACAUGCAGUCUUCUUAAAUCACUCACUGUCUUUCAUACAUAAAUGUAGGAUAAUUUAGGUAAAGGAAGAUAAAGAGAGACAGAGAGGAAGAAAGGGAAAUCAUAUAUUGUGUUUUAUAUGGCAUUUAGUAUGACUAAGGUGGUCUUAUAAUAGUUACCUAAUUGAAUUUCUGGAAUGAGAAGUCCAUUUGGAGUGUUGUGUGUGUAUAAGUGUGAAAACUGAAUCUGUACUUAAUGUACAGUAUGACUUAAAACUAAAGUGUAUAAUGCUAUCAAUGCAUUUAUUAUGCAUAAAGAUCAAUGAGUGUCUCUACUUUCUCAUCUAGACCCAUUAAUUGCUCAUUAAUUUCUGCCAGUACGGCCUAAUGCCAGGAGCAGUAAUUGCACAUUAACGUUGAAUUUGACUCAUUUGUCCCAAUGGCAGCAUCUUAAAGAGCUGUAAAUCAGUGGGUUGGAGAUCAAGUAUGAUAAAGAAAUGUCAGCAUAUAGGGAGUCUUUUGGAACACGUAACAAUAAAAAUAAAACAUGAUUCGUUUUAUUUUUCAUCUUUACUCUUAUUUAUACAUAAACUCUUACUAUAAUAUUUUUGUUCAUUUAUUACUUUAAAAUUAAUAUAUUCUUUCUAAGUUGAUUUUUUACUUCAGUUGUAUUACUCUGUAAACUUGCUCUUAUCUUAUAAAAAUACAAAUAUACUCCUGAGACCCAAACGUGACUGCUAUGUGCAUUUUCCAUUUCCCUUUUUGAUUUAUAACUAGUAGCAAUAUACAUGCAAAAUAAAAAUUUCUAGAACAAAGUCUUUAUGCCCACAUAUGUGGACAGUAGGACUAAGUUGGGAAAUUUUAAAUAAUACCAAGCUAUUUGGUACAAUUUUCAAAUGGUUUAUUAUCUUUCCAGGAGUGUAGGUUUUUCACGUUUUUGAGAUGUAACAAGACAUUUCAGCUGAUUUAUUGUAAAGCUGCUUUUGAAUAAUGUGUAUUGG